UGGCUUCGAGGGAUGAAAGGUGGAAGUCCUUGUGAUUACAGAGAUGACAGGUGGGUAUUGAUUGCUGCAGGGUGUGGAGGAGGAUGUGAACCCAAGGGUGGGGUGACCAAGGUCUAGGUCAUUGAUAGAGCUGGGGUGGCCGGGUCCCAAAAUGAGGGGGAACUAAAAUGAGGGACGCCGCCGUCAGAGGUUACACAUGAGCCGUGGCCUUCCAAACGGGUUUGACCAGUUAGGUGUCACUGGGCUGGCCCCUCCCCAGAGAUUGGACACCUCCUCUCACUCCUCCCCUAUAAAGCCUCUUGGGGUUCCCAGGCACCUAGACUCAGCCCACCCCCAACUUUGGGGGCCAGGAGACAGCCAUGGUGCUCAGCUGGAAGCUACUGGGGAUCCUGGUCCUUUAUCUGUGUGCCGGAGGCAUCUCAGGCAGCGGAGAACACCCCCCUCCCCUACCCACAGAGGCUGGAGAGGAGGAGGGCUCCUCAACGUUGCCUCAGGGCCCCCCAAUCCCUGGUGAUCCCUGGCCAGGGGCACCCCCUCUCUUUGAGGACCCUCCACCUCCAGGCCCCAGUCGUCCUUGGAGAGACCUGCCGGAAUCUGGAGCCUGGCCUCCUGAGCCCCCGAGAACCGAUCCCCCUCAGCCUCCCCGGCCUGAUGACCCCUGGCCAGCAGGACCCCAGCCUCCAGAAAACCCCUGGCCACCUGCCCCUGAAGUGGACCAUGGAUCUCAUGAGGAGCCAGACCUUGACCCACCCCGGGAAGAGUACAGAUAAAGGGAUUCCCCCAGAGGCAUCUUGGGCCUCUGGGCAGAGUGCCCCUCAAGGCCAUCUGUACCCUUCUGAUUCCUCUUCAAUUCUCCCAUCAACCUCAGUUUUCUUCCUCAUUCCUUCAAUUUUAUUCUGAACGCUGAAAGUGUCAUUCUCAAUAUUUUCUGUCCUCUCUUGAGAUCCGCCCCACAUUUCCCCGCCUGUUUUCUCUGACAGCUAAAGCAUACACCCCUACGUCAUGUCCAGUCCUCUUCCCUCUACCUGCCUUCCACCUCCUCCCUCCCCCCCAUCCGUGGGGCUCUUGGGGCCAGGCUGGUGGUGCUGUCUUCUCUGCUGCCACCUGGUGGCUUAUAGCUGGGAGCUAUCAGGAGACCAUGAUGGUACUUCCAUGAAAUGGAAAAAUAAAAUCCAUGUUUUCUUAA